AUGCGCGCGCCAAUGGCACCCAUCUCGGCCUGGUUCCGGGGAUACCCGCCAAACGGCCCGGUGCUGCAACUGAAGAUAUCACGCGCGCUCGGCUGCGCAAAUGACCCGACGCUGCCGAAUGUCAGGAGAUUGUCUGAGCCUACGCGGCCCUUAACGUCGCCCCAUUCGGCCUGUGUGUUUACCGUCAGGUCAGCGGAGCGGUACUUGUCCCAGACAGCAUCGACAUAUGGCUGGUUGGCCGUAUUGUCAGGCGUCCGUACAAUAAGUUGGCUCCAGCCAACGUUUUCGCGGGCGUCUUGUGCACGCAACCCGUCGCAGACUGCGUCGAGGCCAUUGUUUGGGAGCCCCGGAGAUGUUGACGUACAGCUGGAAGCUGUUGAAGGUAAACUCGCAGAAACCCCAUUCUAG